AUGUGGUUAAUUAUUCGGAAAUUAUAUUUACUUAAAUAUGUAUCCAUUCGAAUUAAUCAAUUACAAAUUGAAUAUGGAGAUAGAAAUAUUUCUUUUCAACAAAUUACAUUACAUCAAUCUGUUAAAUCUAACAAUACAAGGUAAAUGCAAAUAAAUCAUCUUUAUGAUUUGAUUUUCUAUUAAAGGUAGACAUAUAAGUAUUUCAACAAAUCUAACUGAAAUAGAAGAAAUUAUAAUGCGAAGAAUUUGAGAAAAAUAAAAACUAUGAAUAUAAUAUAUUCUAAGAAUUUCAUAAGAAAAUGUCAUAAUGAACUUAAAUGCCAUAUAAUAAGUCAUUAUCUCAUCUCGUACAAGACUUGCAUGCAUUCAAUAUAUAAGUCAAUAGGUCCAUCUUUUUUAUGAAUAAUUACAUAGGUACCGGAACGUUUUGGUUCCAGGGUCGACUCAACAUAUUUUUAUAAGGUCUUCAUCCGGAAGUUAAAAAUGUGGGGAAGAGGAGAUGCGAUUAGUGUCUCUUCUAUCGAACUCACAUUUGGCAACAUGCAACAGUGGUAGAGAUCAGAAAAGAAAUCAUAACUUGCUUAAAAAAACCAUGUAUUUGAAGAAACAUGCGAACAUUUAGGUUCAUCAAAAUGCGACCUUCGAAAGAAAAGAUUUUGAACUGCUUUAUCCGAAAAAAAAUUUUAAUGACGAUUCAGAAAUGUUUCACAGGCAUAUAAACUUAAUCACCCGCAACGAAGGAAAAUUUUAGCAGAUUGUAGUUAAAUUGGCUCAGAUUUUUUAUUCAAUUUUUCUUCGUUUGUAAUGAAAGAUCCCUAAUUUAAUUCCUUGAUGAUGUGUGAUUCAAUGUUUACUUGUAUAAAACUCAAUGUUUCCUGAAAAACAUUUUCUAAGUCUUUUUGAUUAAGAAAAUAUGAAUAACUAAGAAUACGAGUUCAUUAAUGAUUAUUUUUGAAAUUUUUCUUAUUGGAAAAAUUCUGGUGACUAUUUCAGACUGAACUUCAUUUCAUUAUCAAAAUGCUUUUGGUAUAUUUCAAUAUUUAUAGACCUUUCCGACCGUUUUAACCUAAUUUCUCUAAGUUUCGUCACGAAAAAACAUAUCAUCUGCAUAUGUAAAAAAAAACAAUAUUUCUAUAGAUAACUCGACGAGCUCUAUCCAACCAUGACAAAAUAUCCUUCAAAAAAACAAAUUUCGAAUUGCUGGCGCCUUACUAAUUAUAUGUCAUAUAUCAUAUACACAUGUACAAGAUAUUUCUUUUUGGUAUUCAGACAAAUUUUAUUUUAUUAAUAGUAACAUGUUAUGCACUAACUGGAAUUUAUCGUCUUCCUUCAGAUGAUGUAUGGCAUUUAUUAUUAUGUAUUGAACGUUCUAAAUAACUAUGUAAAUAGAUUGACAACAGUUUAAAGUGCUUUUGAAAAAAAUGUUCCGUCAAACAUAUGUCUAACUUUUCGCCCUUGAGGAUAACAUCGUUAAUCAUCAAAUAUUUCAUUAGUAGAGUGUGUGGAGUAUGGGUAUUAGCCUUCUGUCUAUCCAUACACACCCAUAUGCACACACAAUCCUCAUCUACCUCCUAGUGAUAUGAUAUCAAAAAAAAACCUGAUAAUAUUCUUGCUGGAGCAUUUUUAUACGCAGGACCAUUUCUCAUGCAUAUUUUGACUGAGGGCAUUUAACGUGAGGAAUAUUUAGACCGUAUUCGACGAAAUCUCUGAUUUGUCUUUGUUUUUCGAUCGAUGUAUUAUUAUCCACGUUAAUUGUUUUUCAGCUGC